AUGAAGGCGGUUAUACAGCGAGUCAAAUCCGCGUCGGUUACAGUCGAUGGCCAGCUAGUCUCUAGAAUCGGUAGAGGUCUGCUCGUUCUGGCAGGUGUUGGCAAGGGGGACACAGAGAAGGAUGCAGAUACGUUAAUACAGCGGAUACUGAAAGCCAAGUUGUUCCCAGGCGAUGAAGAUAAGCAGUGGAAGCGAAAUGUUCAGGAUAUUGAAGGAGAGAUUCUCUGCGUGUCGCAAUUUACACUCUAUGGCCAAUUGAAAAAGGGCAAGCAACCAGACUUCCACGACGCCGCUGACGUGGAGACUGCUCGCAAACUGUACGACUACUUCUUUCGACGACUGGGGGAAGCCUACAAGCCCGAACGGGUAAAGAACGGUAUCUUCCAGGCGAUGAUGGAGGUCGAAUUGAAGAACGAUGGGCCGGUGGGUGUAGAUUACCGCAGUGAAGAUGCAGCGGUUACGAUCGAGAUCAAUACACAGUUGCCGAAGAAGGAGAAAUCGGAUAAGGAAGAGCCGUCGCAGGUUCAGAAGAAUAUCGAAAUUAACCUACCUCCUGAGUUGUUGCAAUAA